CGGCGUUAGAUAGACGGCACAUCCUUUGACCCGCGUCAGCACCGCGUCACCCGCAAACUGCCCCGGACAGUGCCGCUCCCUGCCUCGUAUUUAGAUAGCGCCGUGAGUCCUGAAAGUCGCCGCGCCAGGACCAGCACCGAGCCGCACUAGUGUGUGCUGCAGCGCGGCCACCUCCAGGACAACACGGGAGGACGUCUCGUCUGAGCGGCGGCCGCCAUGUCGGACGACUGGAAGGACAACGGGGAGGGUCCGAAGCGGACGCCGGCCGAUGGCGACGACCAGGGACCGGGGACGCUGGUCGUUGAGAAAGGUGGCGUGCUUCCCACGGGCCUAGACAAACGGCGCAGCACCGUCGCCGACCCCGAGAAGGCCACCAAGAAACUCAAGUACCCCAAAGUCGUCUUUUUAUCAUCGGCAAUGAGUUCUGCGAGCGUUUUACUUACUAUGGCAUGCGAACGGUCCUGUCUCUGUUCUUGAAAAACUCCCUGAAGCUGGACGAAGACUUGUCCACCAUCAUCUACCAUGUCUUUAGCAUGCUGUGCUACUUCUUCCCAGUCAUUGGGGCCAUCAUCGCGGACAGCUGGCUCGGGAAGUACAAAACAAUCGCUUACCUGUCGGUGGUCUACGCCAUCGGCAACAUCGUCGUGUCUGUCGCCUCGGCCACGUCGCUCAACAUUCCUUCCAAGGAGCUGACGUACCUGGGGCUGCUGCUCAUCGCCAUCGGCACGGGCGGCAUCAAGCCCUGCGUGUCCUCCUUCGGCGGCGAGCAGUUCGCGCUGCCGCAGCAGGCACGCCAGCUCGCCGCCUUCUUCAGCGUCUUCUACUUCUCCAUCAACGCGGGCUCGCUCAUCUCCACCUGGCUGACGCCCGAGCUGCGCACCACGGAGUGCAUGGGCAUGGACACCUGCUACCCGCUGUCUUUCGGCGUGCCGGCCAUCCUCAUGAUCGUGGCCAUCGUCAUCUUCAUCGUCGGCAAGCCCGGCUACAAGAUGGUCAACCCCAAGGGCAACAUCAUGGUGGAAGUCUCCAUGUGCAUCGGGAACGCGAUCAAGAACAAGGUCGGCAGCAAGGAGAAGAAGGGCAACUGGCUGGACUACGCCGACGCCAAGUACAGCGAGACGCUGCGCAACGACAUCCGCGCCGUGCUGCGCGUGCUGCUGUUGUUCGUGCCCCUGCCCGUCUUCUGGGCGCUGUACGACCAGCAGGGCUCCCGCUGGACCUUCCAGGCCAACAACAUGAACGGCCGCCUGGGGUCGUGGGUGGUCAAGCCCGACCAGAUGCAGGUCGUCAAUCCGAUCCUCAUCAUGAUCCUGCUGCCGCUGUUCGAGUCCGUCAUCUACCCCGCUCUGGAGAAGAUGCACCUCCUGAGGAAGCCGCUGCAGAGGAUCGCCACCGGCGGGCUGCUCGGCGCCGUGGCCUUCAUCAUCUCCGGGGUGCUGCAGCUGCAGCUGGAGCCCAACCUGCCCGUGGAGACGACGCCCGGCUUCUCCCAGGUGCGCGUCUUCAACAGCCUGCACUGCAACAUGACGCUGCACGGCGACAUCGGCGGCAGCCAGCAGUUCGGCCCCUACCAAGUGCCCUCCAUGGGCUUCUGGGCCGACACGGACUUCACGUCGAGCGGCGCCCCCCUGAACCUGGUCGCCAGCGGGGACUGCGGCAGCGCCACCUUCAGCCACGAACUGAAGGACGAAGCGUCGCUGUCGUUCAACAUGUACUACUCCGACGCUGCUAAACAAACUGUGGCGUUCAGCGGUCCCUUCGAGGACGACCUGGACAAGGAUGCUUACCCGAAAACGAGGGUGAUGUACCACUUCACAGGCUCUCAGCAGCACAAAGUGGACUUCGUUCUAGACGGCAAGGUCGAGUACUCGGACAGCGUCAGUGGCGUCGGCGCCUCAGAGAAGACCCCCGUCCUGACCCCCGGCCAGUACUCCAUCCGCGUGGAUGACAAGGAGGUUGCCGCCGAGUUCCUUGACGUCGGCGGCGUCUACAACAUCCUCCUCGACGAGACGAACACCGCGAAGCCGGCCAGCAUCCUGACAGUCAUCACCGCCAACACGAUCAACCUGUUCUGGCUCAUGCCGCAGUACAUCGUCAUCAGCGUGGCCGAGAUCAUGGUCUCGGUGACGGGCUUGGAGUUCUCUUUCACCCAAGCCCCGAACAGCAUGAAGUCCCUGCUCUCGUCCGCCUGGCUGCUCACCGACGCCAUCGGCAACGUCAUCAUCAUCCUCAUCACGACCGUCAAGUUCUUCCCCCUGCAGUCCAGCGAGUUCUUCCUGUUCGCCGGCCUCAUGGUCGCCGUCAUGCUCAUCUUCAUCUGGCUGGCCGUGCGCUACGUGCCCGUCCCUCCGCCCCCCUCCGACGAGGACGAGGAGACGACGGACUCCACCGCGUCCACGCCGUCCACCGCCACGCCCCAGGACCACCCCCAGAAGGAAAAGGAAUGAUAUUCGAAAUUGGAAAAAAUAAAGAACCGGGGCACGCGUGUCCCGACAAAUA